AUGGAGACGAUCCAAGAAGAUGAAGAGUUUUCGAUGGAGACAAAAAGCUCUCCAAUUUCAGGUAAUCUAUUUUUUGAAAAUGAUUUUCAUAAUCAAAAAGGUUUUAGAAGAAGAGCUUCACUAUUCGGCCGAUCAGGACAGCUCGUUCGAUCGAAUUCAUAAAACAAAAAUCAGCCGAAAGAAAAAAAAGUUGGUGAUUGCAAGAAUACAAAUGCAGCAGAAGAACCGGAAGAAGACGAAAGAGGAACCGCCGAAAUGGAUUUGCACGGUCAAAGGUACUGUUUUUUUUUCAAAUUAUCAGCUUAAUGAUUGAUUUUAGGCUGCAAAUGGGGCGGCAGAUACCACGCACUUUUCCUCACGCACAUCAAAACCUGCCAUCCGCAACUCGACACUUCCAAAAAUCUGAAACCCUAUUCUUCAGUAAGAACUUUCUUCUUCAAUCUUUUUUAAUUUUAUCUUUAUUCAGAACACUUCAAAUAACCCCAAAACAUUCACGGACGCCGGCGAUUACUGGCCGCCGCCGUUGGAAAGGAAGAAAGAAGAAGAAUUCGUGAAAAAGUGGCACACUGAGUCAAACGUGGACAUACUCGGGCAACAAAUCGCUAUGAUUUUAUAAGAAUUUGUAUAACAAUUGUCUGUAAAUACUCGAAAAAUGUGAUUUUAGAUGUCAAUUGAGAUUUUAACCUCGUUCUAACUGUGUUCGGCAGCACUAACUGGUAUUUUGGGAGAACUGUAUACAGCUGUAAUUUUUUAAUUCAAAUAAAUUUACAGCAGAUUCUUUAAAAAAUAUUAAAGACUCAAUCUCCACAAACACUCACUUUUUCAGACAUUUUCACAACAUUUUCUGCGUGAAAGGCACUGAAAGCGAGCGCAACGUUUAAAGGCGCAUCGCGUUUGUGUGCCUGCGGGUCUCGCAACGCUCGUCCUCAACGACACUCCAUGUGCCUAAAAGUAUCGCUGUUUAUCGAAAUUCUGUCUCCGUCUCUCCGUUUCGCAUUGUCUCUCGUCGCCGCUUUCAAAAUAACAUUUUUAAGAGGACACACUGCUCAAGGAAAUACCCGGAACAUGGAAGAAGAGGAGAUUGACGUGGUGAAUUAUGAACCAGACGCGUUAAGGGCCGCUGCAAACAACGAAAUCGACACGGAAAUUCCGUUUCAAUGCCCGCAUUGCAAUUGGGUCGGUCGUUCGGCUCGCAGUUUGAGCGGUCAUCGACGUCAGAAACAUCCUAACAGACAAGAAGAGAGUUUCAAACGUCCCAAAGUAGGUGAAGCAUCUGAAAGUCCUAUAAAAAUCGAUAAAUUUCGCACACUGCAAUAAAAACACUCAGGGCCGUCCACGAAAACCAAUUUCAACAAUCGAUGAGGAACACUUGGGGCCUCAAGAUGACGGAACCGGUGGCUACCAACCACAGAUUCCUCAGCAGAGAGUGACGACAAAAGAACUGUUGGGGGGACGGAAAAGGCCGAAAACUGUUGUGGAAAACCCGGAUGAAUCGGCUUUGAGUGAGAUUUUUUGCAAUAAGAGCCUAAAAACUUGUUCAUUUUACUCCAGGAACCGACCGAGAAGCGUCUCGACUUCACCAAAUGGGCAUGAUCGAUGAGGAGAUGCCAGUGGGAGAGUACGUCGCAAAACGAACGAACGGAGCUUUUGCGGUGGAGACGCACGUGGAUGACGAAGGUGCCUCAAUAAUUGUGGGCGACGAAAUCGAAAUAGACGGAGAAGUGACUGUGGGCGGCGAGAUUGUCAACGAUGGUGAUCAAAUUCCAUUGGAAAAUCGACCGUAUAAGGUAAAUCAACUGAUUUUCUUGUGCAAACUUUCAGUUUUCAGCCCUAUUAUCCUCGCACAGUCGCCAGAAACAAUGUGAAAAAGGGGAAAUACAAUCAAGCGGGCACCCUUCCCGCCCGUCUUGUCACUUCGGAUCCGGAAGGAAAAUACAAAUGUUACAUCAAAGAUUGCAACUGGCAAGGAAACUAUCGAUCCCUACGAAUGGAACACAUGAAAGCAGUGCAUCCGUCAUGGAAAAUGCCGCCGCGAUUCCUGCUGGAGCGCAUCUCGAAGCACGGCGAGUACAUUGAUCCCGAGAAGUGGAAACCUGAAAUACCGUGUCUUGUGGAGGGCUGCGAAUGGAGAGGCAACUAUCGCGCGUCGAGAUCGGCGCACAUGCGGAAAGUGCAUCCGGAAGAGCACGCAGCGAAGAAGAAGAAGCAGCCGGGGUACGACUGCAACGGCACUUACAUGUGCCACUAUCCAAUGUGCACCUGGCGAGGAUGGUCUAGAUCUACGAGAUCCAUGCAUAUCAAGAAAGUUCAUCCCGAAUGGAGACCCGAUGAUAUGAGGACUACGGCAAGUGGUUUGAUGUAGAUAUCGGUAACAAAAUUGUUAAUUUUUAGGUGCUUUUAACGUGUUUCUACUGCAAAAACUCGCUUCCGUCGUAUCCUCAACUCGAAGGUCACAUUGAUCAAGAUCACGGCGGACUGGGAUUGGAGGUGCAUGAGGAGUUCCUGAGCAAAGAAGAGUUCGGGGUGAGUCUCCACUUUCAGACCUUUCUAUUCAUUUAUCCUAUUCAGCUGUGGCUUCAACGUGUCGAACGCAGCUUCUCGAUCAGUUUCGAGCGAUCCGAUCCAAUUUCACAAGCUCAAGAUGUCGUGGUAUCGAAAUUUGUUUGAAACAAAUGCUGCUAAACUUCGAAUUUCAGCACUACACUCUGCACUGUAAUUGCGUGGGCGAACGAGGAGUUCAAUUGGCCUCAGACACUAGGUAUUUUUCCGUUGGUCGUGCUUAAAAUUUGAAAUUUCGUCAUUUCAGAUCUUACAUCUAUGAAAAACACAAUUUUCUGAAACGACGCAAUCAACAAUAUCUGACCCGCAGCAAAAGUGACUGUUCGGCGCAUUUGGAAGUAAGCGAGCACGUGCGAUACACGCAGAUUAUCGUGAAAGGAACACUCGAACACACUGGCCACCGAUUCGGAACUCCUCUUCUCAGAUUUUGUAAGUUCCGUGCAAAUUUUGAAUAAAAUCAGUGUUUUUAGCACACACGGAGCGUCAAUUGUACGGAGACAUACUCAUUUGGGAGCGAGAGGAUCGGGAUUUCAAGUUGAGCGCCCUGGAAAUGGUGGAACGGCUCAAUAAGUACGAAGGAUUCACGAUGGAAGGUUACGGACCGCCCACUGAACUUCGCAUGAUAACUCCGCUCCACGACGACCCGCUGAUCUCGCUCCGAAUGAUAAUCGAACAGUCCGAUCUGUCGUGCUUCUUCGGAAUCGAUUAUUCUCGUUUCGAGCACCGCGACAUUGCUUUCGGCUACAUGUCACCGGAAAUGCAGAGGAAUUGGGAGAGAUACGGACCCGAGAGGGUUGCCAUUAUUGAUAGAGUAGGAUUUUGGGAUGAGUAUUCUUUUUUUGAGUAUCCAACUUGCAGUCAGCUAUCGAUUUCGACACUUGCGAGCUGUUCGUCUACUCGGUGAUGGUCACCGACGACAACUUCAUUCCGAAGUGCUGCCUCAUUUACGUGACGACGUUCGAGCAGAAUGCCUGUGAAAUUGUACUCGAACAACUCAAAUCUAUGUGAGUUUUCCUCUCGGGAACUUCUUCAUUCAUCACUUUUGUUGUAGUGAUUCUCGUGGACCUCGUGAGCUGAUGGUCGAUCCUUCGGAAGUGUGGGUUCAUGCGGCUGAAAAGAUUUGGUCGCCCGAAGAAACGGCGGUGCUCAUCACCGAAUGGAGUCUGAUCGACUACUGGGCCUCCAAGACGGAACAACUCGUUCCCAAUGAGUUCGACGUCUUUUCGAUCGUCUCGGCGCUCCGUCGGAUGGUCCGUUCCGAAGACAUCCACAUCUUCCUCUUCUACGUCAUUGAAAUGUUCGAAACGCUCUUCGAAUGCGGCUACGAAGAUCUGGCCGAUUUCUUCGAUUGCCAGUUGUCAGACAUUGACUUUUUCAAGAGAUGGAGUCCGUUCCACCGAAGUGCUCUCGCCACCCACGCACAUCCUACUCUGGGCGUCGCUUCCCGUAAUCUCAGAGAAGCGUAUCUCGGAAACGACCGAAUCGACCGCCCGGAUUUGUGGUUUGCCCACGCGACCAUGAGAGUUUCCGACUAUAAUUCGGUAGAAGCGACUCAAACCUACACAUUGAGGCCUGUAGAAGAUCCGAAAAAGUUUUGCUACAACACGAUUGACGUGUCAGAAUUCCACAAAGAAGUUCACGAGCAGGACGCCGAAACGGUGCUGAUGUACGAGGAAGAAGUGCAAAUGGAGGAGUUUGUGGAAGGAGACGUCGUGGAGGAAGAGGUGAUUGGACACGAACUGACGGACGAGGCCGGCCGGCAUAUAAUGUACGAGAAUGUGAUGAUGAAGGACGGACAGACUCUCCUGCGACGGACCCUUCCGCCCAUCAGGCAGCUCAAUCAAAUGCCGCCGAAUCCGCAGAUGAGAAUGUACGAGAAGGAAGCGGAAGAAAUACAGCUGGAAGAGGAAAUAAUUCACAUGGAGGACAUGGAAGUUGUGGAGCAUUUGGAGCAAGAGGAGGAUCCGGACGAGCCCGGCUGCUCCUCCUCUCUAGUCCAGCACUCGCAGAAUUCCGGACUUCCUCGUCAUCUUGCGGAUAUGCUCGACAAACACGAGUCUGUGGACAUGGACGAUUCGCCUUCGCCACCGCUGAGACGCUCAAAGCGUGACACGACGAAGUCGGUGAUCCGUGGAGGUCGGAAAAAGAAGGAUCGGUUCGCGGACCUCAGAGACUGUCCGCCGGAGGUGAUGCGCGCUAUAGCUGCGCACGCGAUCGCCUACGAUGGACGCAAAAAAGAGCAGCAACCGUUCAUGUUGGUGCCUUCCCUGGCCGAGAUGGCUCAAUCGGCGACGCCAACCGUCCCCACUCCGGAUUUGAGCGAAUACAAUUCGAUGUCGGCGCGCAGGUUCACACCGCAACAAUCGGAACACGCGAGGAAACUGCAGAGGGCGGCGAUGGAGAGAAGAUUGGACCGAAGACGGCAGGAGGAAGAGGAAGAACAGCUCGAAAUGGAACAGGUAAGAGCAUUUCAGCGGGAGUAAUAGAAAUUCUGUACUUUAUAGGGACAGUCGACCUCCUCGAGCAUGCAUCAUCACCACCACGGAUACGUUGACGAGGAGGAAGAAGAAAUUCCAAUCGACGAAAUGGAAGAUGAUCAGCAGCCGUGCUCCUCUUCUUCGCUCUACCGUUAA